AUGCCUGGCAUCGUACGCAAGCUUCUUGUCUUCGCAGCUGUCGAUGGGCUGGUCCUACAGCCUCUGGCGCAGAAGGGCCAACGUGCCGCGCCCCCCGCCCAGAUCACAUAUAGCGAUAAUCACAUUGCGCCGGUCUUGAAGAAUGGCGGCGACAGCGACGAAAUUGGGAAGAGCUUCGAGGCUUUUGGGGUUGUAGGAUUGUUAACGGUGUCGAAAUCAUCCUUUCUAAUAUCGAUCACCGGUCGCCAGCAGGUAGCUCAGAUUCAAGGGAAGCCCAUAUAUUGCGUCACGGAGGUCGCCCUCACACCUUUGGCGUCGAGAUCAGAAGCCGAAGCGUCUGUUGUACAUACACAGCGGGCACUCCGUAAAGAGGAGGCCGAGGGCGAUGGGGUCUACGACAGCGAUACCGCCGAUGAAAUAGAAGGGGCGUCUGGGGCCGCUAGCGACGAUGUUGGCGAUGAUGAGUUAAUGACAAACUCGGCUCCAGGCCAGCAUAAGCGGACCAGCAGCGUUGCUCAGGAUGUCAUCUCGAAAAAGGGUGGUUAUGGACGAUUUGCAAAGAAAUGGUUUUCAAAGAAGGGCUGGACUGCCGAUCAGCGACGAAAUCUUGGGAUGACCUCCUCAGAUACAGAUAUUGACCCACCUCUGACCACCGCGGUCGAUCCGGUAGCACCCAUCGACCCGGCGACAGAAAAUGAUGUUGUUAAGGAUAGCUCCGCGGAGUCGAAGAGUAAUAAGGCUAAAGAUAUUGCUGCCAGCCUGCUCCCGAAGUUGCUACGGACAACGCAGAUGCUAUUUGGCUCGUCUCGAAGUUUUUUUUACUCUUACGAUCACGACAUAACUAGGAGUUUUCUGAAUCGUCAAACUGCAGUUUCCGAACUUCCGCUCCAUACACAAGUGGAUCCUUCAUACUUCUGGAACCAUAGCUUGAUACAACCGUUCAUUAACGUUGGGCAAGAUUCAUUUGUCUUGCCACUCAUGCAAGGAUUCGUUGGGCAAAAGACGUUUGAGAUGGACAUGGAUCCCCCCAAGCCAGUACUUGAGAUGGAGAAGUCGUCGAUGGAGAUGGUAGAUUUAUCGGGGGGGCGGAGAGGUCAGGAGGAAGCUGCCAUACUAGCAGCCGCUAGGGAUUCACAAGACACAGCCGAUCAUAAUAUCUCUAGUCGGCCUAGUACCAUGCGGUCUUUUCUGCUGACGUUGAUCUCGCGAAGAUCUAUCAAACGCGCUGGUCUGCGGUAUCUACGUCGAGGUGUCGAUGAAGAGGGAUAUACUGCGAAUGGAGUAGAAACUGAACAGGUCCUCUCAGACCCGGAGUGGAAUCCGUCGAGCCGGAUAUACUCCUUUGUCCAGAUUCGAGGGAGUAUCCCCGUUUUCUUUUCCCAGACGCCAUAUUCGUUUAAACCAGUUCCCCAAAUACAGCGUUCGGAUCAAACGAAUUACCAGGCAUUUGUCAAGCAUUUCGAUAACAUCUCAGAUCGCUACGGAUCAGUGCAGGUGGCUUCCCUGGUCGAGAAGCAUGGACCUGAAGCUAUUGUGGGCGGGGAAUAUGAGAAAUAUCUUAACCGUCUAAACGAUUCUGGUGGAAUUAGAGGCGCCCAAAUUGGGUUUGAGUGGUUCGACUUUCAUGCAAUGUGUCGAGGGAUGAAAUUCGAGAAUGUGAGCCUACUUAUUGAGAUUUUGGGCAAGAAGCUUGAUGUUUUUGGUUACACUGUUGAAAGCUAUGGAGUUCAAUCAUCUAAACAGAGCGGGGUGUUGAGAACUAAUUGUAUGGACUGCCUAGAUCGAACCAAUGUAGUGCAAAACUCCUUUGGAAAACGAGCUUUAGAACAACAACUUAAAGCGGAGGGCGUAGAUCUCAGUUUACAACAAGACCAGAAUACUCUGUGGUUAAAUAUGUUAUGGGCAGAUAAUGGGGAUGCCAUUUCCAAGCAGUAUGCUUCUACUGCAGCGCUGAAAGGCGAUUUCACUAGGACACGAAAACGAGAUUACAAAGGAGCUUUGACCGAUAUGGGACUGUCAAUCUCACGGUUUUAUAGCGGGAUUGUCAAUGACUACUUUAGUCAAGCAGCUAUUGAUUUCCUGCUAGGAAACGUCACCUCUGUCAUUUUUGAAGACUUCGAGACAUCGAUGAUGAGCCGAGACCCUGCGGUAUCCAUGCAGAAGUUGCGACAGCAAGCAAUUGAGACAUGCCAAAGACUCGCCAUUGCAGACGAGCUUGAAGAACUAAUUGGCGGAUGGACAUUAUUGUCCCCGCAGGUCCCGAAUACCAUCAAGUCAACUCCAUUCGAAGAAUCCAUCCUGCUCCUCACAGACUCAGGAUUAUAUUCCUGUAGAUUCGACUGGAAUCUGGAGAAACUCUUAUUCUUCGAGCGAGUCUCACUGGAUCAUAUCAUCAGCAUCAAGUACGGAACUUAUAUCACAUCCACCCUCUCCGCAUCCCAAACCGACGAGGCGAGGAAUGUUGGAUUUGUCGUCACAUACAAGGCAGGAGCAAAUGAUAUUACACGAGUAAACACAAGAUCCAUGACGAACAUAUCACGCAUGGAUGCGGAUUUGCUUAACGGAACAUCCACAGCCCCACCACCAUUCGGUCUCGCAGCGCUAUUAGGGAGACCCGAGACACCAGCGAACAGGGUUCUGGCAUUGAAAGCACUUCCAUCCCGAUCCGCGGUAGCAGAAGGGCACGAAGUCCAACCACCGAGCGAAAUCGAGCAAGUGAAAGCCAUCUGCUCCGAAAUCGAACACAUGGUCCUCCGUGGACAGAUCCACGAAGCCGGAACCGAGACGAAGGCUAUUGUAGAGAACGGGGAUAUAAUAAGUCUGGCUGAUGCCAGGAAGAGUACGGGGAUUUUGGAACAGCUUGGACAUGGAUUUAAGAAAUUAAUAUGGGCUUGA